AAUGCAAAACAAAAAGGAUUCUGCUGUCAGUUCUCACUCGACGUGCACAUAUGUUGUUGGGUGCCCAUCUUGGGAAAACUCAACUGGAUCUCAUGUCCAGCAAUCAAAUAUGUCCGAAAGUUUAAUCCUGAAGAUGGGAGUUCUGCCUCGAUACUUAAACAACACCAGGCAGCUAAGUUUUCAGUUCCAGGACCAGGACUCAUCAUCAACUCAAUCGACUUGUCAAUCUUAUCCUGAAGUGGCUAGUGCUGGUGAUAGUACUCUUAACGAGCAAAGUUUAAUUUCAGCAUCAUCAGGAGGUAGCAAAGCUCACAGGAAGCUUGAUGGAGGUCAUGCUAAAUUAGCCUUCUCUAUGAGAGCUCAGGAAUAUGGGCUCGCUCCUUCACAAGUUGACUAUAUCAAAUCAAUUGCUCAUAUUCCGCUCCCUUAUGCUGAUCCGUAUUUCAGCAGUGUGGCUUCUCCUUAUGCCCCACAAGCUAUGAUUCAACCUCGUACGAUGGGUGUACUGCCUGCUCGUGUUCCACUGCCUUUGGAGCUUACACAAGAUGGACCUAUCUAUGUUAACGCAAAGCAAUAUCAGGCUAUUCUGAGGCGAAGACAGAAUCGUGCAAAACUUGAGGCUCAGAACAAACUCAUCAAAGCUCGAAAGCCAUAUCUGCAUGAAUCCCGACAUCUUCAUGCUUUAAAACGAGCUAGAGGAAGCAGUGGCCGAUUUCUCAACACAAAGAAACUCCAGGAAUCAAACGGUAUUCCUACAAGCAACAGUCUAGACAUGUACAUCUCCCAAUCCGAAGUUCAUCAGCUGAAAAACUACAAAGAUACUGGUUCAACUACCUCCAACAAUGAUGAAAUGUUCCAGCAUCUGGAUUUCAGGUUUUCCGCACAUCCUUCUCACGUUUGUGGACCCAUGCCCGGUCUUGCUGUCAAUAUGCAAGGUGGUGGAAACGUCCAUCGUCAUCUCUGA